AUGCGACCUUCACUCUCCACUGUAAAAAAUACCUUAAGAUUUGCUAGCGACCACGUUGUUGUAUCCUUCAAAAAGAAGUCUUGGCCUGGUGGCAGAUCUGGCACCGCCAAAGCACCUGCUAAUGAGUUGGCAUUUGUUACACCCUUCUACCGUACUGUCUGCCGACUUUCUGUGCGAAGAAAAACGAUGCGAGAAACGUACGAAACAGAUGGUGAUCAGGUGUUGCGAAUAGGAUCGGUAGUUUUCGUGACACUUCAUCAGCUACUGCUGGUGAUUUUCAUCAGGAAUAUUUCUAUGCCACUUUCUGACAGCAUAGAGGACUUCACUUCAGUGACCAGCGAGGCACCAUAA